AUGUCAUUGGAAAACGGCGAGUUGGAUGAUUAUACCUGUGUGUAUACUGUAAUCGCUGAUGACCAAUGGUCAAAUCGAAGUUAUAAGCCCAAGAAUAAUGCUCUAGCAGGAAUGGUAUGAAAAAUGUUCGCCUUUAUUAAGGUAUUCUUCAUUUUAUUAUCAAAAACUGUAUAGUUCUAUAAUAUUAUUUAAUUUGGAAUUGUAUUAAAAUAAUAUUAAGCAGGCCACUAUUAUUGGGAAAAUAACUAGGAAAGUUUUGUUUGAAAAAAUAAAAAAAUAGAUACUGUGUUAUUUGUCAAAGAGCAUCAACUCAAAAUGAGAAAGCAUCCUAACCUGAAUAUUUUUUUUUUUUUAAUGGAAGAAAGCCUUAACUGCAAUAGAAGCAGAUGGAGUGAUUGCAUUUUUUUCCCGUAGUAUUGAAAUGCAUUGUCUUAAAUAUAAUAAAUUAAUAGGUAAAUUAGAUAUUAUAUUCUAAAACAAAAUUGUUGAUUAUUUUUUAUUUUAUAUACUUUUAUAGUAAACGAAGACAGUAGUGUGUUAAACAAAUUAAACGAAGUAUUGCCAUAUGGAUUAGAUUUUUUAUAGAAAAAAAUCGAAUGUCGAAAUCAUUAUUUAAGAAAUUUUGCUCAACAAAUUACAGUAUUGGCAAAUAAAGCUGAAUUUUCUAUUAAUAUAACAGGCUAUGUGAAAUUUGAAAACCGACCAUUUCAUAGGAGUUAUGUAUGGUCAAUUUCUUAUUUAAUUAGUAGGCAUACUACACCGCAUUGUUUCAGAGUUGUGUCAAUCCAUCAAGAAAUUGCCUAUACAUAACUCCUAUGAAAUGGUCAGUUUUCAAAUCUUAUACAGCCUGUUAUCCUUAGUAUUUCCAAGUAGAAUAACUCAGAAAUUGUUCUUUUAAAUUUUAAUUACAAUGUGUUAACAUUUUUAGAAAAAUCAUCUAACUUAUGAUUUGUAUUAGAAUAUGUAAGUUCCAUUUAGAAAAACCAAAGUUAGUGUCACCACAGGAUAUUCCUUAACCCUUUCGAUUCCAGACUUAUUUUUUUCGGCAAAAAAAUCUAUCGAUUUUUUUAUCAUGGUCAGAUAAGGUGUAAAUACCAUAUUUAUAAAGUUUCAAAACAAUAACUUAAGUUUUUAAGAAUUUACUUGUAUAUUUAAGUCAAAUAAUUCUAGAAGUAGGCUGGGCAGUAAAGGUAUAAAUAUUGAUUAUCCCUAUGAGAAGGUCAAGUAAUAACCAUGUCAUAGCUAGGUAUAAGUAUUUCUAUCAGUAACAAUUAACAAGUAAUUUUCUUUUUUUAAAUUAUGGUUUUAAUAAUAGUUCUCAUAUACGUAACAAUCAAAUUUAUAACAAUAUAUACAAAUCCAAUAUAAGUUUUUAUAAUAGAAAAAAACAAAUUAACAACAGGUAUUAUUAUAGAUUUACCUACAAUCCUAUUAUACCAUGAGAUAAAUAAAACGUAAUUUUUUUUACAAAUUAUAAAACAGUCUUUUUUUUAAUAAAAUCAUAUUUUCCUUGACUAUAAUUUUAUUAUUUUUAUAAAUUAUGUAAAAUAGUUCAAUUUAACAUUUUAUAACAUAUUUUUUAAAAUAAUAUCAUAUUAUAUUAUUCGUUUAUUAUGAUACCGUUUUUACCCAACCUAAUCUUAGAAGUAUGUGAUAAGUAAAGAAUGGAUCUGUAUGCAUUUUAAAUUGUAAAAUAUAUAUGCAAACGUGCAUUAAAAAAAGGCAAGAUACGCAAGAAAAAAGCAAAACAUGCAUAAUAAAAUUUAAAUUUAUUUUAAAUUUUGCAGUGAUAAUUAAUUAUUAAUUUUAUUAAAAUUUCCAUAAACAAAAAAAGUAAAGAAGUAGAUAUUGAUAUAUAACGGGGAAAAAUAACAACAAAUUUAAUGUAGUAGGCAUGUUAAUUGGAAAAACAAUAAGUUAUCAAAGUGCGUUCCAUGUUUAUUUCUGUAAAAUUAUGACGACGAUCUGUAAGGAUGUACUUGUAAGAAGAAAAACUGCGUUCAACGUCAACACUGGUUAUUAGUGCAUAUUUAAAAUUAGCUAAUACAUCCGGUGAAUAAUUUGGAACAGACAAAUCUUUGAAGUUAGCAUUGUCACCUUGAAGUAUUUUUGAAAUUUCUUUUCAAACCAUUAGUCUUUUAUUUUUAUCGAAAACAUAUUUAAAUUUUGUUUUAAUUAUUGUACUAUUUGCGCUCGUAGGAAGUUCAUUGAUAGAAUUUUGCACUUGUUUUAAAAUGUUUAACGAGUCUACAAGUGCCAAAUUAGAAUUUUAAAGCUCUUUGAUCCUUUUAACGAUACGUGGAAAAUGUGCUUUAAUGUAAGCAAGAUCAUGUUUUACAUUUAAUUUAUUUAAAAUUGAUUUAUAAUUUGUAAUGUUUUUUAUUUUAUCAUCUAAGUUUUCAAUUACAUUUUUAAACUCUUCAAAAAGAUCUGCAUAAUAAAAGGCUGACUCUAGCUAAGCACCCCAACGGGUAAUUAUAGGCUGUGGUGAUAAAGGAGUGUUUGGCAAUAUUUCAUAUAACUGAAUUCUAUACGGAGCUAUUGAAAAAACCUUUUUUCCAUUAUUAAUUAAAUUGAUAACAUCAACAAAACUUUGUCAUCAUUGCUACCUUCGGCCACAAUAGUGUUAAUGAAUUGUUUACAAAUGGUUCUAUAGUUGAAUUAUUGGUUUUUUCGAGAACUUUUGAUGUUAAAAGAUACGAUUUAGAAGGCAGAUCGGCAUUCAAUUUGCCAACAACGNUUAACGUACUUUCAUCUGAUAAUUUUAUUUGUGUACUUUUCCAAAAAAGAUUUAAAGUUUGUAUUUUGUAAUUUAUAUAAAGGUAUAUUUGAAGAAAUUAUAGUAUUACGGAGUUCUUUGAAAAAUUUUGAUUGAUUUUCUAUGGACGUUGAUUGAAUAAAAGUUUGUUUAGAAGAUUCUUUUAAACAUUUUUGAUGUAAAAAAAACUUAGCAUGCUGAUCAAUUUGAAAAUUUUUUUCAACUAUUAUCGGUUUUUCACAAUGUUGACAGAAAAUAGUUGAACUAUUUAAAAUUUUGAAAACCUCACCAGAAUUGUUGUACGACCCAAUAUACUUUCUAAUUAACGCCGGUUUUGAAUUUGGAGUUUUAGGCAUUUUAAUUAAUUCAAAAUUAAUCAGUAAAUUACAAAAGGAUGGCGAAAAAACACGCGAACUCAAUACAUUAACUUGACAACGGCGUAAUUCGUACUAACAAUAAAUUGUUUCGGUAUAAAUAUAGCAGGAAAUUGUAUAAACCUAAUCUUGUUGAUAAAAUUAUAUCUAGAAAUAAUAAUCUUGAUAAAACAAGUAAACCCCGUUUCAACUAUGUAAGUUUAGUUAACCUAUUUUUAGCGUCCGAAUAUUCUUUGUAACGUAAAAUAUUUGUUAUAUUAACGUACCUAUUAUCUUUUUGUAUUUGUUCGACAUGAAUUUUUGUUAAAAUAUGCAAGAAUAUGCAGAAUAUUCACUUAUGUCAGAAUAUGCAAAAAUAUGCAGCAUAAAAUUUUAAUACUUAAUUAGUUAGGUAAUGAUUUUUAGACACUCAUUAACUGCAUGUACAUGAUGUUGAAAAUAGCAAGAUGCAUUUCAUGCAAAAUCCGGUCUUUAGUUAUAAUAUUAUAUUGUGUGAGCAUAACAUUACAGAUUAAAUAUAAUUAUAAUUAAGUACUGCCGACCACCUUAAACUUAAAGCUCUGAAAACGUUUAGUUUAUAAUAGUAGUUAUUAUGUGAUAGGAAAUAUCAGAUGGGCAAAUAUAAAUAUUGUAAAUAUAAUUGUUCGUUAUUUUCGGGUGUUACCUAACCGACGUGGUUUUGUACGACAAAUCGAGGGUUAUUUUCGAUAAAAACAGUCCGAGCUUGUGCAGCGAGAAAGUGACCCCACUAGAUCUCCAGGUGCACCCAAAAUGCAUUUCACUUUUUCUAUUGUCUAUAACCUACCCGAUGUGGUUUUUCACAAAAAAUCGAGAAUUAUUUUUGAAAAAAAAAGUGCAAAAAUUAUGUUAAUCAAUUCCGAGGGUUCUCACCUGGUACUGCAAGCUUCCAUACACGACAUGGACUAUUGCGCUACAAUAUAAUUUUAUUGCGAUUGUAUACCAUUUAACUAUAACCAUAAAUGACAAUUUUGAAAUUAUUACAUUUUCCUAAUUUUCGUUUGCGCCAUUAUUUUUAAAACGUUUAAUUUACCUAUAUUCAAAAAAACAAAAAAAUCGAAAAAUCCCUCGGCAAUUGUUCCAAAAAUUGUUAUUAUGUGUUUAGGCUUGGAUCGCUAAAUUGACUGAAGAUCCCCAUCCUACCAGAGUUACAGCGAUUAAACGCAACAUGUACUUGGCACAGUUAAUAAUAAAUUUAACUGACAGAAAACUAGCAAAACCGUUUAUGAAAAUGCCUACAAGUGAGUCAUUGGAAAACUACGAAAAUAUUGAAUACUCCAGAGAGCCAAAAAGACAAAACAAGAUGGAAAAAACUCAUGAAAUAUUCAACAGAGAAAUAUCGUUAGAUGAAUUAAAUCACAUUUCAUCAGAUGAACGAACAUAUAUUGCUAUUCAGAGUAUAGAAAACGGUUCCACGUUAUUUGGUUAUGUUGCGGUUUCUUUUGGACAUAGUGCAAGUCCAUUGUGGGUAAAUGCUCAAGGAGAAACUAUGUAAAUAUAUAUAAUAAUAAUUUAUGUAAUAAAUGCAUAACAAAUAUUUAAUAUUUUAACGCUAAAUCAUAAUUUUUAAAUAAAUUCCUAUUGAAACUGUAAAAUAUAAAAUUAUUAUGCGUUUUUUGUAUUCAACUGUGAAAUUAUAAAUUGGUUCAAAUUUUUCUUUAAAUUAAUGAACUCGAACCGAAUAAAGAAUGUUUUUCAUUCGAACCCAAAACAACUCAAAUAACGAAAAUAUUUCAACAUUCUAAACCAAACUUAAAAAAAAGAUUUAAGCUUUAAAAUUCAAAAUGUUAAAUAUUUUUUUUUUUUAUAAAUAUAAUUUUAUGAUUUACUAACAAAGGUUGGGUUUAAAUCGUAUAAUAAAAUUAGAUAUUUUAUAUAUUUAGUUUAAAGAAAAUGAUUUCAUAUUUUAUUUUAGCUUCUGAGUAGUUUAUAUCCCUUAUUUAUUUAUAUGUGGAGGAUGUUUAUGUAUAUUGUCAGAAAUCAGAAUUUAGAUAUGGAUUAAUUUUAUUAUUUUUUUUUUUUACAGUAAAAGUCCAGCACCUAAACUUCAAAAUCUACCAGUAAGUUCAGCCGGUUCCCAAGGAUUUGAUAUUAAUUUAGACGACCAAGCAACUGAUGGAUUAAACAGUUUAGUUAAUGAAGUGUGGGAUAUGCUAUCUCGUCGAAAAAUACUUGAAAUCAGAGAACACACUGGUGAAUUUUAUCGUAUGUUGUAUAAUACUGUAGAACAGGAGAUGCUUGUGGAUGAAUUAUCGUCUGGUUGUCGGGACCCUUAUGUGGAAAAAUUGAUUAUUUUUCUCACGGAAAAAUUAUUAUCCGAGAAUAUACGUAACCCUUUGGCAUUCCGACGGAUUAAUUUAUUAUCGGCAUUGAAGAAACGAAUUAAAGCCGUCAUUAAUGAAGUAUGAUUUUUAAUAUCUACGAGUAGAAUUUUAAAAAAUCGUACUAACUUAUUUAGAUCUUCCAAAUUUGUCUAUUAGUGUAUUUUAUGUAUUCGUGUAUUUAGUUAAUUUACUUUAUACACGAUACUCUUAAGUGAGUUUUGGCACGUCUUUGUUAGUGUUGUAGGAAAAAAAGGUACCGUUAAAGAAUAACGUAAUUCGUUUGGAAACUAAUAAGUUUAUUUUAAUAUUAAAAUAUUCGCUUUUAUUGAAUAACGUUAAUCAGAUAACUGUUGAACAUAACAUUUAACUUAACGAGCACAGCAAAAUCAAUAAGAUGAAUAAGAUAGUACACCGGUCGGCCAUCGCAGUUCUGCGGGUGGGGAAAGUAAUUAUCGCAAUUAACUAUGUGGUGACAUGGCGUAGUUAACGAGGUUAGGUCAGGGCUGGCGGUAUUUGAAUUUUUGAUACCAGUAUUCGGUAUUUGGUGUUAAUACCGUUUUUUUCGGUUUUACCGGUAACAAUAAUUUCGAUAAUUAUGAUGCAGUAAUUCAUUAUAAAAAUAGCUGGGCUAAUCAAAAAAUAUUAUAUUACUUCAGUAAGAUUUCCUUUCAGAAAAGUACUAUAUUUGUAUAUCGGAGCAAUAUUUUUGGUAAAAAAGUUAAAAACAAUAAUAAACUUCAUCUUAAAACCAUAAGCUUCUUCGCUCCACUCAGAAUCCAAAAAGUUACGGAGAUACAAUAGAAACCUCCCUGCUUCUUAUAUUUAUGUAUUCCUUAUUUAUUAUUACUCUUUUUGGAUCUUUAUUUUUCAAUUUUUCAUGAACCAAUAAAAAAAAACUUUUUUUUAAGUAGUUUUCUAAAUGUUCCGUUAUUUUGAAUACUAUUUAUAGUGUUCUUUGAAUUUCUCUUUGGGGUUUGUUUUUCGUGUUUUUUCCAAAUUCCUUACCUAGGGAAAAUUUCUCAAAAGUUCUUUGAUUGUUUACAUUGCGAGCACUUUGUCGAUGCCGGUUGCCAACCUCCAACAUAGGUGCUUUUGUGAUACGAAAUCGCUCGUAUUCUAUCCCGGUAAUUGUCUUCAACACAUUAACUCAGUGUAGGUAGAUCCUUGGGCUGUUGAAUUUUGUACUGAAUUCUUUUUCAAAUUUCCUCUACGUCGAGUCACUUCCUCACCAAUUUCUCGCUGCAGUCGUUACAGUGGAGUUAACUUAACCUAUUUUCGUCUGAGAAUUACUUAGAAGCUCAUUAUUUAUUAUAUGUUUUAAAAUACAAAUUCUACUUUUAUAUAUUUUGUACCUUUAAAGAUCGAAGAUAGACGAAAUAUGAUUGAAGAAGUCAAAAAGACAGUAGGAAUGACUACCAUACAGUUAAAAAAUCGCGCUAAUUGUCCGAGCUUUGCUUCCGUAAUUACAUUACAGGAAGCACUGGAAGGGACUAUGAACAAAAAGUCUAUAGAUAUUCUUAAGAUGCAGUUCACUCCAAACGAGAUAGAUAUGUAAGUAUAGACGUUAAUAACAUUUUUAACAUUUUAACAAGUUGUUUGAGAGAAAUUUUCUUAUAAUUAGAUGUAAAAUUAUAAAUUGUAUUAUUAUUUAUAAUCAAUUUCUUAGUUUUUUAGAAAACCAUAUUCAAUUCCUACUUACGUGAUUUUAGGUUUAAACUAGUGAUAAUAAAUGAAAAAAAACGUUUGUUGAUGCUAUUAAAAAAUAAAUUAGACAACGUGACUGGCGAAAUGUAUCAAGAUAUAAAAGACACGAUAAUGCAAGGGUUACGGUCUUAUCAAUUGGCGAGAAAAGAAUGGGAAAGAGUUUCGCACGUGCUAAAAGAAUACGACGAGAUUGAAAAGCUUAUAUUCGUAAAUCGGGCAAUAGCUGAAAAUGAUGGUGAAGAUAGUGACAAUAAAUUUUUAAAAGCAAUAACAAAAGAAAUUGAUUUAGCACAGAAACGACUUAAGGUAAAUUGUAUAAGUAUUUAUUCAAACAAUUCUAGUUCGUUUGUAGUAAUUUUAAAAUCCAUAUUAUACGUGUUUAGAUACCAUAUAACAUAUAAAAAACAAUUUUAAUUGAAUGAUAUGUUUGUGUUUGAUGACUUUAGAAUGCCAUCAUUAAAACAGACAAGGAGGAAAAAGAUAUCAGUAAGCUUCAUACAGUGAUACAUGAGCUGCAUGUAAAAUAUGAAUUUGAAAAAAUGGUCGCGGAGAAACUAAAUCAAAUCCUUAAAGAGGAAAUAAACAAUGAGAAAAUGGAAUUGGCCGAAAGAGAAGCUACAAUACAAUCCCUCGAAAAUGAACGGUUAAGGAUUGAUCCAAAUUUCAAAUGA